GCCUUUGUGCACGAGCGUGAGCGGGACGACCAUCAGUGCGGUGAGGCAGGUGCCAGAGGGGGCAACAAAAUGGCAGCUUUACUGGAUCUGCGACUGGCUCCCCCUGUAUGGCUGCUCGGGCGGUUGUAAGCAGCCUCUCCGAACUAGGCAAACUUUAACGGGUCCGAGUGAAGGGUCAAAUCGGGUGUAGUAACCAUGGGUCCAUUCGACGAUGUCGAGAAUCUCGACGUGCAGGCCCCCAUUUGGCAUGUGACCCACAUACAUAACAAGUAAGGCGCCCAGGCAAGCUGAGCGCGGUGCACGACCCCCCAAGUGAUUGGGGCGACUGUGCGUUUGACGAAGAAUGCAGAUGUGUCCAACAAACACGUCGAUCACACCAGCCAUGCGAUGAGUAAAAGAACACAUGUCCUUCUCCCUUUUGUAGCUGUGUGUAUGUGUGUGGAUGUGUCAUGAGAUAGGUACGAACACGAAGAGACAUAGAAUAUCGCACAGGUAAGAACAAGACGCACAGCACAAUUGUGCCGAGAUAGGUACAAAGACGAAGAGACAGAGAACACUACAAAUCAUGAAGGCAGGUAUUGUGCAGUUGGGGUGAACUACACGAAUCAUGAAGCAUGCAGGGCGGAUCACGAGGAGGACAGGCAAACAAGCGCAGAUCAACAAACAUGCGCAAAUCAGCUUCUGCCAACGAAAAAUGACCGAUGAGAAGAGUGUGCCUUCUUGAUCUCGAGCCUAUUGGCACGAGAGCCGAUUGGUCCACGCUCUUGAGGAGCUUGCCCAGAGCCCUGACCACAGCAGCCCAUCGUUCGCGUCCUUGUCGUUUGUGUCGAUGGUGUCGCCGAACUUUGCAGACACAGACGAGAGAGGCGUCGUUGUGUGGGAGAUGUGUCUGUGUGUGUGGUGUGUAUGCCCGUGGUACCUCACCUGAUGUCGAUUCGCGCUGGCGACCCUGGCGGCUGUCGUUGUUGGGCAGUUCUGGGUGACUGUCUGCCAAGGAACGCACUCACGUACAGGCACAUGACUCUUACGGCAGGCAGUACGUUGCUUUGUCCUCUUACGGCGAGGGCAUGAGUGCUUGGUAGCCGAGACCCAGUGCUCGCCGCACAGGCCGAACUUGUCGAGGCAGGCCCCGUUGCCUUCUGCAUUCUGUACGGCGACGGGUUCUUGCUGGGGCAUCAGUGGCGGGGGUGCAUCACUGGGCACAAACACGUGCACGGGCACAAAUGAUUGCCUGACAGACACAGAGUCAUCAGGAACAGAUGAACCGGUCGGGGGGUAAGGUGUGUCCACGAGAAUGAGUACCUGUGGAUGUCGGCGGGCAGCGACUGUGUGUUCUCGUCGUCGGGCCACGCUGGUGAGAAGACCGGUGAUGCAAGGGCGAGCGUGCGAAGACGAGGAAGGAGGAGAGAAAGAAAAGGAGCAGCCGCUGACGGCUGAAGAAGACGACUGAGUGCUGAGCUUGACAGACUGACUGCUGAGCUUUUAACAGACUGACUGCAGCUUUUAACAGACUGACUGCGAGGCGACUUUGGCAACCCCGGAAGAACCGAUCGUACGCACGGAAAAAAAGUAGCCUAGAGCAGUCCCCCAGCUGGUGCUUUUGGGGGGUCGUGAAAAUUGCAGAGAAGCAGCCCACCCGGCUGAUCAAAAGCAAAUGUGAACCGCCCAU